GCGAAUGGCUGAACCUUUGGUGUCGUUUGUUUCAUCCCUGCUCAAAACGCAGCAGGACUAUGAUCUUGCUCAUCCUCGGCAGAUUCGUUUCAAUGACACAAUACGUCAAGCUAUGCGAACAAGAAUUAACGUUAUCUUACAACGGAGAGUAACUCCGGGGACUUCUAGUAGAACACUCCAAAGGUUUCUCUCUAUAUACACAGUUUAUCUAGAGUCUAAACUGAUGAGCUCGGCGAACUCAGAGGAGGAGUACUCGAAUCCACGUGAUCUUGAAGUUCGCAUACAUUACCUUGAGAAGGAAGUUCAAGAACUAUGGAACCGUCUCCGUGAUAUGAGAUUUUCAGAUAGACUCAGCUUGCUUCCUGACACUUUGAUAACUCAGAUACUCUUAUACCUUCCCACCAAAGAGUCUAUCAAGACGAGCUUUUUAUCGAAGAGAUUUAAAGAUCUAUGGCUUCAGGUCCCAGGGCUAGAGUUUCACUCCCAUGAACCCCCCGCCAUACGGAACUUCAUCGUCACGUUUUUCCAGAUCAACCGUGGCUCGCGUCUGCAGAGGUUCAAGGUAACGUACAACGGGCGCAAUGUUUGUCUCCAUGGGACCAGUGAGUUCAUUGCCGGAAUGGUUAACCGUGGAGUUCAACAACUAGACGUUGGCAGUAGCACACUCAAGCGUCCUCUCACCAACGAUCUCGUACAUGUUAACAUUUACAAGAGCAACACUUUGGUUUCUCUCAAGCUUGCAAACGUAGGAAUGCAGAAUCCUCCUGAGUUUGGUGUUUCUCUGCCUUGUCUCAAGACCAUGCAUCUCGAAGACAUUACCACCAAGGAUCCUUUGAUCGUAGAGAAGCUCAUCUCAGGCUGUCCUGUUCUUGAAGAUCUGACGGUGUUUAGGGUUUUUGAUGACAAUGUGCCUUUCCUGCGUGUGAGAUCUCAGUGUCUGAAGAGGUUUCGUGUGAAGUUUGGGCGCUCCAGGAAAAUUUAUGGUAAAGAGUAUGCUGUUGAGGUUGAUGCUCCGGAGCUCAAGUAUAUGAACUUCAGAGAUGAUCUAUCUGAUAAAGUUGUGGUGAAGAAUCUGAGUUCCUUGUUCAAGGUCGACAUUGAUACACAGUUCGGUACUAGUACCUUGCAGAUCAAGAAAUCUAUUAUCAGUGAUUUUCUAAAAGGGAUACCUAGUGUUAGACAUAUGAUCAUCUCUCAGCCUACACUCGAGGUCCUUUAUUCUUGCAUGAAACAUGGACCGUUCACCAAAUUUUGCAACUUAACUCGUUUAGAGGCUUCGUUCUGCACCGUCUUAUUACAAACUUUGCCAUAUUUUCUUGAAGGUUUCCCGAAGCUGAAACACCUCACAUUGAACUUGCUUUAUUUGAAGGACUUAGAACCAGAGAACCUUGAGCUUACCGUUGUGCCACAGUGCUUACUAUGUACGCUUGAGUGUGUUGAGGUUAAAGAAGUGGCCACGGUGGAGAAAGCUGGGAAGAAAAGAGCGAGGUACAUCAAGAGAACCAAAGUAUCAAAACACAUGAAGAAGAUUUGGAUUGAAGUUGUGAGGUAUAUUCUUGAGAACUCACUGGUCCUCAAGAAACUCGUUUUGUGUUUCUCUCCUGUCACCAACAGCGUCUUAGAGAUCUCGGAGGCGCUUCCUACGUUCACAAUAGGUUCUCCCGGAUGUGAGAUCUUCAAUCAUCUGACAUCUCUUUGAAGAUCUGUUUAGGAAUAAUAUAUUUUGUUGUGAAAAAAUGGAGUUUGGCCUAGCAUUUUAGAGGAUAUGGUUUUAUGAUUCUCUGGUCUUCUUCACGUGAUUACUACCAUUUUCUCUGAUUAUCUCUGUUAAUUUUGAUGCAUAUUUUCAUUUGUGAUGCCAUUGCCACUAAAGAAAACGAUUCGAAUAGACGAUGGGCUUUCUAUUUUCCCAACUCAUUCCUUCAGUUAGUUCUUCGUUGUAGACUAGCUUAGCUCAACAGAGGCCCAAUCGGAUUUUGUCUAAAGCCAAGUCCACAAAGAUUUAGGCAAAGAAAAGCAAAAACUACUUUAUGAACCUGUCUUCCUGCCGCCAUGAUUAAUUUAUUAUUUUCUAUAUUUUAUGUGUCGAAUUCGUUUUGCCACAUAUUUGUGUCAAAUGUUUAUUGUUGGCCCACAUUUUUCCGUCUAAUUACAAUUCCAUAUUCGCCGUAAAUAUUAUUGUAGCCAUUUGUUAAUAUGCAUAUAAAAGUCAUUAACUAUUCGAAAGUUCUUUUUUUGUUGGUGACGUUUAUUAUUACACCAUGUAUAAAUUAUAUAUCAAUUAUGAGGCUAGCAGCACAUAUUUGACAAAAAUAUCAUGACCAAUGAUGGCAAAAUUCACAUAAGUUCAGUUUUAGCGUAUCAGAAGAUCAAUUAAAGUUAUAUAUAUAUAUAUCAAAAUUUAAUCCUAAGAGAAAAUUUAUCAACUAAAA